GCCCCCCUGUCGGGUCAUGGCGCGCUGCAGCUGUCCGCCCUCGCGCCCUCCCCCGGCCACCCGCCUGCUGCCCUGCGCCGGCUGGAGCUACAGGGCUGCUGGCUGGUUUCGGAGCAGGAGGCUGCGAGAUUGGCGGCAGCAUGCGGGCCGCAAACGCUGGUAGUGGUCAACGGUAAGGCGGCGGCUGCAGUGGCGACGAGCGGCGGGGGGCAGCGGCGUGGCGAAGGAGGGAGGAGGGGUAAGGGUAAUGCAGGGGGGGCGGGAUCGACGGAAGCAGGGGAGGAUUUGGAGAUGUAUGAUCAGAGGUUGCGGUACGACACGGAAAUGUUGAUGGCGCUGGCGUCAUCGCCGCUGGCUGGAGGCCGGGAUCAGGGAGGCAGAUCUGACGGCGUGGGAGGGGGAGGCGAUGGUAAUGGUGGUAGAAGGGAAAGCAAGUUGGGCGACAUGGGCGAUGGGUCCGGACAGGGGGCUGCAAAUGGACUGUGGUUGAGCUUACCGGCUGAGCUCAGGCGGUCGGAGGUAUGAGCUGUGCGCAAGCGGUAGGGGUGCUAAGGUGUGUCAUACAGAAUUUACUUGCUGAGACCCUGGGCCAAUCGGACUGCAACUAGCACAGGUCGUGAAGGGGCGUGCAACAGUUGUGAACGCGUGCAUUGCGUUAGUAAGGCAGACCACAUGUGUACACACGGCACUGUUGGCACCAAGACGACUGCGACAGCUCUAGACAAUGGCGCAUGACAGGGAUAGAGCAGUGCACACGUGUACAACAUAUACACACAGAAGCUUGGCUCUCGACUGACCUGGGAACAUUUCCAGAUUGAUUGUCAUGGAAACAUUCCCAGGUCAAUUAAGGCCUGAUAACAAGCAAGACAAGUCACCUGCAAGUACAUGGACCAAUGACAACCACAAUUGCCCGGAUACCGGCAAUGCAGAUAUGGUAUAUGGUGGGGCAUUACCCAUGUAAGUUCUGGCAAGGGGCAGUGUAGGGUGGUUAGGUAAGCAGGCAGUGAUAACGGCUCAGAUGCAGGCAGUGAUAAGGGCUGGCAAGGGGCAGUGUAGCGUAAGAUGAGUAAGAUGCAGGCAAUGUUAGAACUAUCACCUGCCGCAUGUAUGAGCAUGCAAUAUGCAUUGUUUCCUUGUGGUCGUUACCAGUGCACAUGCCUGUCCUACUAUAGGCAAGGGCAAAAGUAGGACAGGCAUUUAGGAUAACGGGAUUGAACGGGGGCGCGCCCAAUACCAC